UUUGGGAGAGCCGCCCAGGGUCACCUCAGCUUUCCUCUACUGUUGUCCAGAUGUCAUUUCAGGCCACCCUUACCCACUCUGAGCGUGACCUGUCCACCUGCCGGCCAGCCAACCUGUUGUCCCUCCCCCCAUUUCUGACUGUCAGAACUCUGGGCAGAACGUCAAAGCCCCUUGGGGUUCACGUUUGGGAGGGUUCGUGAGGUCUCCUGUCCCCAGCAACCCCAUGACAAGGCAGAGCCUUCUGGGUGAGGGGUGGCUGUGUCCCUUGGGGUGGGUCCUUCCCUGGGCUCAGGGCCCCAGUGCCACCUGGGCUGACCUCUUGUCUUACCCCCCCCCCCCCCAGGACUGCGAUGUUCCCAGCCCAGCGAGAGCUGCAUGAAUGGCGGGAACUGUGAAGUAUCCCCCAACGGCACGGAAGCCUGUGUCUGUAGCGGCGCCUUCGCGGGCCGGCGAUGCCAGGCGCCCAACCCCUGCCUCAGCGCCCCCUGCAAGAACGCGGGGACGUGCCACGCGGUGGACCACGGCGGCACGGUGGACUACGCCUGCUCCUGCCGCCUGGGCUUCUCCGGGCCCCUCUGCCUGACGCCCCGGGACAACGCCUGCCUCGCCAAGCCCUGCCGCAACGGCGGCACCUGUGACCUGCUCACCCUGACCGAGUACAAGUGCCGCUGCCCCCCCGGCUGGUCAGGGAAGAUGUGCCAGCAGGCCGACCCGUGUGCCUCCAACCCAUGUGCCAACGGCGGCCAGUGCCUGCCCUUCGAGGCCUCGUACAUCUGCCGCUGCCCGCCCGGCUUCCACGGCCCCACCUGCAGGCAGGACGUCAACGAGUGCGGCCAGAGCCCCGGGCUCUGUCGCAACGGAGGCACCUGCCACAACGAGGUCGGCUCCUACCGCUGCGCCUGCCGCGCCACCCACACCGGCCCCCACUGCGAGCUGCCCUACGUGCCCUGCAGCCCCUCACCCUGCCAGAACGGGGGCACCUGCCGCCCCACGGGGGACACCACCCACGAGUGCGCCUGCCUGCCAGGCUUCACCGGCCAGAACUGCGAGGACAAUAUCGACGACUGUCCCGGAAACAGCUGCAGGAACGGAGGCACCUGCGUGGACGGCGUGAACACUUACAACUGCCGCUGCCCACCCGAGUGGACAGGCCAGUACUGCACCGAGGACGUCGACGAGUGCCAGCUGAUGCCCAACGCCUGUCAGAACGGCGGGACCUGCCACAACACCCACGGCGGCUACAACUGCGUGUGCGUCAACGGCUGGACGGGGGAAGACUGCAGCGAGAACAUCGACGACUGUGCCAGCGCCGCCUGCUUCCACGGGGCCACCUGCCACGACCGAGUGGCCUCCUUCUACUGCGAGUGUCCUCAUGGCCGCACCGGUCUGCUUUGCCAUCUCAACGACGCCUGCAUCAGCAACCCUUGCAACGAGGGCUCCAACUGCGACACCAACCCCGUCAACGGCAAGGCCAUCUGCACCUGCCCCUCCGGGUACACGGGCCCGGCCUGCAGCCAGGACGUGGACGAGUGCUCGCUGGGCGCCAACCCCUGUGAGCACGCGGGCAAGUGCAUCAACACGCUGGGCUCCUUCGAGUGCCAGUGUCUGCAGGGCUACACGGGCCCGCGCUGCGAGAUUGACGUCAACGAGUGCAUCUCGAACCCGUGUCAGAAUGACGCCACCUGUCUGGACCAGAUCGGGGAGUUCCAGUGCAUCUGCAUGCCGGGCUACGAGGGCGUGCACUGUGAGGUCAACACGGACGAGUGCGCCAGCAGCCCCUGCCUCCAGAACGGCCGCUGCCUGGACAAAAUCAACGAGUUUCUGUGCGAGUGCCCCACAGGCUUCACCGGGCACCUGUGUCAGUAUGACGUGGACGAGUGUGCAAGCACGCCUUGCAGGAACGGCGCCAAGUGCCUGGACGGGCCCAACACCUACACCUGCGUGUGCACGGAAGGCUACACGGGGCCGCACUGCGAGGUGGACAUUGACGAGUGUGACCCCGAUCCUUGCCACUACGGGUCGUGCAAGGAUGGCGUUGCCACCUUCACCUGCCUGUGCCGGCCGGGCUACACGGGCCACCACUGCGAGACCAACGUCAACGAGUGUCACAGCCAGCCCUGCCGCCACGGCGGCACCUGCCAGGACCGCGACAACGCCUACCUGUGCCUCUGCCUCAAGGGGACCACAGGACCCAACUGUGAGACCAACCUGGAUGACUGUGCCAGCAGCCCUUGUGACUCAGGCACGUGUCUGGACAAGAUAGGCGGCUACGAGUGCUCGUGCGAGCCGGGCUACACAGGGAGCAUGUGCAACGUCAACAUCGACGAGUGUGCGGGCAACCCCUGCCACCACGGGGGCACCUGCGAGGACGGCACCAACAGCUUCACCUGCCGCUGCCCCGAGGGCUACCACGGCCCCACGUGCCUGUCCGAGGUCAACGAGUGUAGCAGCAACCCCUGCAUCCAUGGGGCCUGCCGGGACAGCCUCAACGGGUACACGUGUGACUGUGACCCCGGGUGGAGCGGGGCUCACUGCGACAUCAACACCAACGAGUGUGAGUCCAACCCCUGCGCCAACGGGGGUGCCUGUAGAGACAUGACCAGCGGCUACGUGUGCACCUGCCGCGAGGGCUUCAGUGGACCCAAUUGCCAAACCAACAUCAACGAGUGUGCGUCUAACCCGUGCCUGAACCAGGGCUCGUGCAUCGAUGAUGUGGCCGGCUACACGUGCAACUGCCCCCUGCCCUACACAGGAGCCACGUGUGAGGUGGUGCUGGCCCCGUGCGCCCCUGGUCCCUGCAGGAACGGUGGCGAGUGCCAGGAGUCCGAGGACUUCGAGAGCUUCUCGUGCGUCUGUCCUGCAGGCUGGCAAGGACAGACGUGCGAGGUCGACAUCAACGAGUGUGUUAAGAACCCUUGUCGCCACGGCGCCUCCUGCCACAACACCAACGGCGGCUACCGUUGUCGCUGCCGCGCCGGCUACACGGGGCACGACUGCGAGACGGACGUGGAUGACUGCCGACCCAACCCGUGCCACAACGGCGGCUCCUGCACGGACGGCGUUAACACGGCUUUCUGCGACUGCCUGCCUGGCUUCCGGGGGGCUUUCUGCGAGGAGGACAUCAACGAGUGCGCCAGCAACCCCUGCCACCACGGAGCCAACUGCACCGACUGCGUGGACAGCUACACCUGCACCUGCCCCACGGGCUUCAGCGGCAUCCACUGCGAGAACAACACUCCCGACUGCACAGAGAGCUCCUGUUUCAACGGCGGCACCUGCGUGGACGGCAUCAGCUCCUUCACCUGUCUCUGUCCGCCUGGCUUCACGGGCAGCUACUGCCAGCACGAUGUCAACGAGUGUGAUUCUCGGCCCUGCCUGCACGGCGGCACCUGCCAGGACACCUACGGGACCUACAAGUGCACCUGCCCACAGGGCUACACGGGCCUCAACUGCCAGAACCUCGUGCGCUGGUGCGACUCCUCACCGUGUAAGAACGGCGGCAAGUGUUGGCAGACCAACACCCUGUACCGCUGCGAGUGCCACAGCGGCUGGACCGGCCUCUACUGCGACGUGCCCAACGUGUCCUGCGAGGUGGCCGCACGGCGCCGAGACAUCAAUGUCACCCACCUGUGCCGGAACGGGGGGCUCUGCAUGGACGCGGGCAACACGCACCACUGUCGCUGCCAGGCCGGCUACACGGGCAGCUACUGCGAGGACCAGGUGGACGAGUGCUCGCCCAGCCCCUGCCAGAAUGGGGCCACCUGCACCGACUACCCUGGCGGCUACUCCUGCGAGUGCGUGGCCGGGUACCACGGGGUGAACUGCUCUGAGGAGAUCAACGAGUGUCUGUCCCACCCAUGCCAAAACGGGGGCACCUGCAUCGACCUCAUCAACACCUACAAGUGUUCCUGUCCCCGGGGCACGCAGGGUGUGCACUGUGAGGUCAACGUGGACGACUGCAAUCCCCUCAUCGACCCCGUCUCCCGGGGCCCCAAGUGCUUUAACAACGGCACCUGCGUGGACCAGGUGGGCGGCUACAGCUGCACCUGCCCACCCGGCUUCGUGGGCGAGCGCUGUGAGGGAGACGUGAACGAGUGCCUGUCCAACCCCUGUGACGCCCGCGGCACCCAGAACUGCGUGCAGCGCGUCAACGACUUCUACUGCGAGUGCCGUGCGGGCCAUACUGGACGCCGCUGUGAGUCGGUCAUCAACGGCUGUAAGGGCAGGCCGUGCCAGAAUGGGGGCACUUGCGCCGUGGCCUCCAACACUGCCCGCGGGUUCAUCUGCAAGUGCCCGGCGGGCUUCGAGGGCGCCACGUGCGAGAACGACGCGCGAGCCUGCGGGAGCCUGCGCUGCCUCAACGGCGGCACGUGCAUCUCGGGCCCGCGCAGCCCCACCUGCCUGUGCCUGGGCCCCUUCACGGGCCCCGAGUGCCAGUUCCCGGCCGGCAGCCCCUGCGUGGGCGGCAACCCCUGCUACAACCAGGGCAGCUGCGAGCCGGUGCCCGAGAGCCCCUUCUACCGCUGCCUGUGCCCCGCCAAGUUCAACGGGCUCCUGUGCCACAUCCUGGACUACAGCUUCGGGGGCGGCCUGGGCGUCGACAUCCCCCCGCCGCAGAUCGAGGAGGCGUGCGAGCUGCCCGAGUGCCGCGAGGAGGCGGGCAACAAGGUGUGCAGCCUGGGCUGCAACAACCACGCGUGCGGCUGGGACGGCGGCGACUGCUCCCUCAACUUCAACGACCCCUGGCAGAACUGCUCGCAGUCGCUGCAGUGCUGGAAGUACUUCAGCGACGGCCGCUGCGACAGCCAGUGCAACUCGGCCGGCUGCCUGUUCGACGGCUUCGACUGCCAGCGCGCGGACGGCCAGUGCAACCCCCUGUACGACCAGUACUGCAAGGACCACUUCGGUGACGGGCACUGCGACCAGGGCUGCAACAGCGCGGAGUGCGAGUGGGACGGGCUGGACUGCGCGGAGCACGUGCCCGAGCGGCUGGCGGCCGGCGCGCUGGUGCUGGUGGUGCUGACGCCGCCCGCGCAGCUGCGCAACAACUCCCUGCACUUCCUGCGGGAGCUCAGCCGCCUGCUGCACACCAACGUGGUGUUCAAGCGCGACGCGCACGGCCAGCCCAUGGUCUUCCCCUACUACGGCCGCGAGGAGGAGCUGCGCAAACACCCCAUCAAGCGCGCCGUGGACGGCUGGGCCGCGCCCGGGGCCCUGCUCGACCGGGUGGAGGCCGCCCUGCUCCCUGGCGGCGGGGCCGGCCGCCGGCGCCGGGAGCUGGACCCCAUGGACAUCCGCGGAUCCAUCGUCUACCUGGAGAUUGACAACCGGCAGUGUGUCCAGUCGUCCUCACAAUGCUUCCAGAGCGCCACGGACGUGGCCGCCUUCCUGGGCGCCCUCGCCUCGCUGGGCAGCCUUAACAUCCCCUACAAGAUCGAGGCCGUGCAGAGUGAGACCGUGGAGCCGCCCCCGCCCCCGCAGCUGCACUUCAUGUACGUGGCCGUGGCCGCCUUCGUGCUCCUCUUCUUUGUGGGCUGCGGGGUGCUGCUGUCCCGCAAGCGUCGGCGGCAGCAUGGACAGCUCUGGUUCCCGGAGGGCUUCAAGGUGUCAGAGGCCAGCAAGAAGAAACGGCGGGAGCCCCUCGGCGAGGACUCCGUGGGCCUCAAGCCCCUGAAGAACGCGUCGGAUGGUGCCCUCAUGGACGACAGCCAGCACGAGUGGGGUGACGAGGAUCUGGAGGCCAAGAAGUUCCGGUUCGAGGAGCCAGUGGUUCUCCCCGACCUGGAUGACCAGGCAGAUCACCGGCAGUGGACCCAGCAGCACCUGGACGCUGCCGACCUGCGUGUGUCCGCCAUGGCCCCCACGCCACCCCAGGGCGAGGCCGACGCCGACAGCAUGGAUGUGAACGUCCGAGGGCCGGACGGCUUCACGCCCCUCAUGAUCGCCUCCUGCAGCGGAGGGGGCCUGGAGACGGGCAACAGCGAGGAGGAGGAGGACGCGCCCGCCGUCAUCUCCGACUUCAUCUAUCAGGGCGCCAGUCUGCACAACCAGACGGACCGCACUGGCGAGACCGCCCUGCACCUGGCUGCCCGCUACUCGCGCUCCGACGCGGCCAAGCGCCUGCUGGAAGCCAGCGCCGACGCCAACAUCCAGGACAACAUGGGACGCACCCCGCUGCACGCAGCCGUGUCUGCCGACGCGCAGGGCGUCUUCCAGAUCCUGAUCCGGAACCGAGCCACGGACCUGGACGCGCGCAUGCACGAUGGCACGACGCCGCUGAUCCUGGCCGCCCGCCUGGCGGUGGAGGGCAUGCUGGAAGAUCUCGUCAACUCGCAUGCCGACGUCAACGCCGUGGAUGACCUGGGUAAGUCCGCGCUGCACUGGGCCGCCGCCGUGAACAACGUGGAGGCUGCUGUCGUGCUCCUGAAGAACGGGGCCAACAAGGACAUGCAAAACAACAAGGAGGAGACGCCCCUGUUCCUGGCCGCUCGGGAGGGCAGCUACGAGACCGCCAAGGUGCUGCUGGACCACUUCGCCAACCGGGACAUCACGGACCACAUGGACCGCCUGCCUCGUGACAUCGCACAGGAGCGCAUGCAUCACGACAUCGUGCGGCUGUUGGACGAGUACAGCCUGGCGCGCAGCCCCCAGCUGCACGGCACGGCCCUGGGUGGCGCGCCCACGCUGUCCCCGCCGCUCUGCUCCCCUGGCAGCUACCUGGGCAACCUCAAGCCCGCCGUUCAGGGCAAGAAGGCCCGCAAGCCCAGCACCAAGGGCCUGGCCUGCGGCGGCAAGGAGGCCAAAGACCUCAAGGCACGCAGGAAGAAGCCCCAGGACGGCAAGGGCUGCCUGCUGGACAGCUCGAGUGUGCUGUCGCCCGUGGACUCCCUCGAGUCGCCGCACGGCUACCUGUCGGACGUGGCCUCGCCGCCGCUCCUCCCUUCUCCGUUCCAGCAGUCCCCGGCCGUGCCCCUCAACCACCUGCCCGGCAUGCCUGACGCCCACCUGGGCGUCGGCCACCUGAGCGUGGCCGCCAAGCCCGAGAUGGCAGGGCUGGGCGGGGGCGGCCGGCUGGCCUUCGAGGCGGGACCCCCGAGGCUCUCCCACCUGCCCGUGGCCUCCAGCACCAGCACGGUCCUGGGCACUGGCGGCGGCGUGAAUUUCACCGUGGGUGGGGCCGCGGGCUUGAACGGCCAGUGCGAGUGGCUCUCCCGGCUGCAGAACGGCCUGGUGCCCAACCAGUACAACCCGCUGCGAGGGAACGUGGCGCCGGGCACCCUGAGCACGCAGGCCCCGGCCCUCCAGCACAGCAUGAUGGGCCCGCUGCACGCCGGCCUGUCCACGGCCGCCCUGUCCCAGAUGAUGAGCUACCAGGCCCUGCCCAGCACGCGCCUGGCUGGCCAGCCUCACCUGGUGCAGACCCAGCAGCUUCCGCAGGUACAGCCGCCGCAGCAGAACUUACAGAUGCAGCCGCCCAACCUGCAGCCCCAGCCGCCCCAGCCGCACCUCGGCGUGGCCUCGGCCGCCGGUGGCCACGUGGGCCGGAGCUUCCUGGGCGGGGAGCCGAGCCAGGCAGACGUGCAGCCGCUGGGCCCCGGCGGCGGCCUGGCCGUGCACACCAUCCUGCCGCAGGACAGCCAGGCCCUGCCCGCCACGCUGGCCCCGCCCAUGACCACCGCGCAGUUCCUGACCCCGCCCUCGCAGCAUAGCUACUCCUCCUCGCCCGCGGACAACACCCCCAGCCACCAGCUGCAGGUGCCUGAGCACCCCUUCCUCACCCCGUCCCCCGAGUCCCCCGACCAGUGGUCCAGCUCGUCACCGCAUUCCCACGUCUCUGACUGGUCCGAGGGCAUCUCCAGCCCGCCCACCAGCACGCAGUCCCACAUCGCCCACAUUCCAGAGGCGCUCAAGUAAACAGCCGGCGCCCCAGCGGGACCCUGUGCUUCCUUUCCCAAGCCCCGCUGGGGCGCCUGCGUGCGCUCGGCAGACACCGGGACUGACCAAAGGGGCUUUUUCUUAAGAAUCGUGUUUUUAUACAAAAUAAAAGGACGAGGAUUUUAAUUUUUUUUUUUUUUAGUAUUUAUUUAUGUACUUUUAUUUUACGAGGAAACACUGCCUUUUUAUUUAUGCGAAAUGUUUUCUAUGUCUCCAGGUAACAAGUUUUGUCUGUUCCGAGAAAAUAAACUAGGUCUCAGUCACGAAUUUCCUACUUAUGACAUUGUGACGUGUUUGUAAAAUACAAACAAAGAUUCAUGAUUUAUAAAUGCCACUUAUUUAUUGA